AAAAGAGCAGAUGAGUUUUAGAAGUACAUGCUAAUCUCUAAAUGCAUUUGCAAAGCCAAGGAGAUCAGCUUUGUCCAGAGACAGUUCAUCUUGAAAAUGAGUAAGAAACCCCCCAAUCGUCCUGGAAUCACAUUUGAGGUUGGCGCCAGAGUUGAAGCACAGGACUACUUACAAAAAUGGUACCCCUCACGAAUUGAAAAGAUUGACUACGAUGAAGGAAAGAUGCUUGUCCAUUUUGAUCGUUGGAGCCAUCGGUAUGAUGAGUGGAUCUUUUGGGACAGCAACAGACUUCGACCUCUGGAGAGACCAGCACUCCGCAAAGAAGGACUUAAAGAGGAAGAGGAGACGUCAGAGAGACUCAGCGAGAUGAGAACAUCUCGCCUUCGUGAGCUUCCUGGAUGUACAGAGAGCACAGAGGACCAAUCAGACUUACCACAGCCGAGACAAGAACUGAAAGAUGGUGAGGAGGUUCUGGCUCGAUGGACAGACUGCCGUUAUUACCCUGCUAAGAUCGAAAGUGUGAAUAAAGAGGGUACCUACACAGUUCAGUUUUACGAUGGCGUCAUUCGAUGUGUAAAAAGAAUCCAUAUCAAAUCGAUGCCAGAGGAUGCAAAAGGACAGGACUGGAUAGCACUUGUGAAAGCAGCCACAGCUGCUGCCAAGGGCAAAGGAGGCUGCAAGCCACGCACUAGUGCCAACAGCAACAAGGACAAGAGAGAGCGGAGGUCCGACGAUGAAGAUGAUGAGGAGCUUGAUGAAGAGGAUGACGCUGAUUCUGAAAGACUCGACCUGGAGUCAGCUGGUGAGGAGGACAGCAAGCCAUCCGCUGAGGAGCUGGAGAUGGCCAAAAGCAAAAGGAGGAGGAACAGGCAACCAAAGGGUUUCUGCCACGCUAAGAAGCCUCGCCUUAACAAAGCAGCAGGUUGCCAUGAAGACGAACUCGAAUGCAAGGAGGAACAGAAAGAUCUUCCACUCACUGUUCAGCAGAGAGCAUCAGGAGCAGAGCCCAGCACAGGUGAGGAGAAAGGUCAAAGUGCUGUGUCUCAGAGACACGUGGCCGUCUCCUUGACACCCUCGCCGGGCAGGUCCCGAAGCAGGAGGCUGAAGCAUGACUCUGGAGAAUCCACCAGCAGCGGUCAGAACCUAGGAGCAACAGGGGAACCAAACUCCUCCACGGGAUCCACUCACAGCCCCCUGACAGACACAGCACAGACUGCUCCUCCCAGCUCACCCAAGCGGAGAAGAAGAUCUCAGCGCCUGGCGACAACCUUUGACCCUACCUGUCCGUCAUCCCCACACGACAAAGAAUCCAACCCCCAGCCCGACCAGUCGGACACCAGUCAGCGUGAGGAUAGAGACAGUAGCUCCAUGGUGAAAACUGAGCCCUCACAGCACAACUCCAUUACAGCGACGCCUCCCCCCUCUGUCCCUCCCGCUGGAACCACUCAGUAUCCAAUCACUGAAAAGGAAAAGGUGAUGGACCCAUUGCCAAUCAAUCAUACAGCAGUGGGAGAGAAAUCACCCCUAGUGGGAACAGCUGCCGGUCUUAAAGUUGCCUCCAGGACUCCCAAAUCCAACAAACAUGCCAGAGAGCCAAUCAUGAACACCAAAAGAUCUGAUGAUCCCACGUCUCCCAACGAGGCUCUCAUUGACCUGGACCAUAACAAGUUUAAGUGUAAAGUACCGGGCUGUUCGAAAGCUUUCCGGAAAGCCAAGCUGUUGGAUUACCAUCUGAAGUACUACCACAACACCGAUAAGGAGCUGGACACCUCGGUGGGCUCUCCGGACAGAGUUGGCCGCACUAGGGCGACCUCUGCCUCCAUGCCCAGCACCACGCCCCUGGAAGUUCCUGACAAUAAGAGACGGAGAACUGUCUCCACCUCCUCUUCCCUGUCCCCCCAGGGCCACGUCGUACAGCUGGACUGUACAGGCCCCUGUCUUAAGCCUCCAAAGCUGUGCAAGAAGAAACGCUCGUCUGCGUCGGUCAGCUCGGACAGCACAGAGGUGUCCCUGCCCCCACCAUCCAGAGAGAGGACGUUCGAGAGCUUGCACGACAAAAUCCUGAAGAAGGUCAUUGAGAAGGACAAGCACAUAGAACCAGGGUUUUGUCUGAAGAAUGAGAGAAAAUUCAAGCUUGAAGAAAAAUGCCAGCUGAUGGGCAAGAAGAAAGACAAGGCUCGGAGGGACAGAAAAGAGAAAGACCCUUUCAAAAUCAAACAGAAGAAAAAGAAGAAGAAGAAGAAGAAAUCAAAACAGUACUGUUACUCAGACCUGGAGGAGGUGUCCCUGGCCUUCCUCGACAGAUCCUCGCCUCCCCUUCACCGCUCCUCCGGCAGCGCCUUCUCCGUGCACUCCAAUUCCUCCUCCAAACACUCGUCCUACCAGUUCCCUCGCGCCAUCCUGUCUGUGGACCUGACCGGAGAGAAUCUGUCAGACAUAGAUUAUUUGGAGGACUCGACGACGGAGAGCCUGCUGUUUAGCGGCGACGAGUACAACCAGGAUUUCGACUCUCUGACCAUGGAAGACUUCCAGGAUGAGGAGGAGGGGGGCGGGUCAAACGAGAUCGUCCGCUGCGUCUGUGAGAUGGAUGAAGAGAACGGCUUCAUGAUCCAGUGUGAAGAGUGUAUGUGUUGGCAGCACAGCGUGUGUAUGGGCCUUCUGGAAGACAGUAUUCCUGACCAGUACAUCUGCUAUAUCUGCAGAGACCCACCAGGUCAGAGAUGGAGUGCCAAAUACCGUCACGAUAAGGACUGGUUGAACAAAGGGCACAUGUACGGCCUGUCCUUCCUGACAGAGAAUUACUCUCAUCAAAACGCCAAGAAGAUUGUGGCCACUCAUCAGCUGCUAGCUGACGUUUACAGUGUUAAAGAGGUGCUGCACGGACUCCAGCUCAAAAUGGACAUCUUACAGAACAAACACAACCCAAGCCUGCACUUGUGGGCACGCUCCUGGGUAAACUCGGACGAGAACCAGCCCAUGGGUGGCCUUCCGGACUGCAUCCACUUCAGAGAGCACUUAAGCCAGAACGCCAACCCAGACACAUACAUCACCAGUGAGCACAGCUACCAGAAACCUCCCGGUACAGGUUCAGACCCGCACAGAGAGGAGCAGGGAGCCCAGACUGCCUCGCACACCGUACAGUUUGUCCCAAAGGAGGAGGAGGUCAGCAGUGCGAUCUCUCUGUCGGCCAGUGUACCUGAGAGUGGAUCUGCUCCAGUGGAGCAGGCCAGAAACUGCCUGCAGUGGCAGCUUAACCUGCUCACACACAUAGAAGACGUCCAGAACCAGGUGGCUGGCAGAAUGGACCUCAUAGAGAAGGAACUGGAUGUGCUGGAGAGCUGGCUGGACUUCACAGGAGAACUGGAGCCCCCUGAUCCUCUGGCCAGACUGCCUCAACUCAAGUGUCGCAUUAAGCAGCUGCUCACGGACCUGGGCAAAAUACAGCAGAUGAGCACACUGUGUUCUUUUUGAGUGGGCCCACUGGAGCACAUCACACGCACUCACGCAGAGACACACACACACA